ACGUGCUGUUGGCUGUGCUCUGUGGGGCUUUGUUUCUAGCUGUUCUCUGACAAAGGGCUUGAUUUGUGCAGCACAUCUCGUCCUCUUUGUUCAGCCUCUGGCUUCAACCACUGAACCACAAAUACUCUCCAGCUGGGAGUCAGACAAGGGCAGAGAUGAAGAACCCAGAAGCCCAACAGGAUGUUUCGGUUUCCCAGGGAAUUCGCAUGAUGUUUUACGUGAUGAAGCCCAAUGAAACGUCAUUCCAAACCCUGGAAGAGGUGCCUGAUUAUGUACAAAAGGCAACUCCAUUUUUCAUUUCCUUGAUGCUGCUUGAACUGCUUGUCAGCUGGAUUCGCAAAGGGAAGCCACCGGGUCGUUUGGAUGAUACCUUAACAUCAAUGUCAGCCGGUGUUCUGUCUCGGCUUCCAAGUUUGUUUUCCAGGAGCAUUGAACUGACUAGUUACAUUUAUAUCUGGGAGAACUACAGGCUCAUCAGUUUGCCUUGGGAUUCUCCAUGGACUUGGUAUUUAACUUUCUUGGGAGUUGACUUUGGUUACUACUGGUUCCAUCGUAUGGCUCAUGAGGUUAAUAUUAUGUGGGCUGCACACCAAACACACCACAGUUCUGAAGGCUAUAACUUAUCCACAGCACUGAGACAAUCUGUCUUCCAACUAUAUACUUCCUGGAUAUUCUACUCUCCCCUGGCCCUCUUCAUACCACCUUCAGUAUAUGCUGUUCAUCUUCAGUUCAAUCUCCUCUACCAGUUUUGGAUCCAUACAAAGGUCAUCAAUAACCUUGGUCCUUUGGAACUGAUUCUGAAUACACCUAGCCAUCAUAGGGUUCAUCAUGGCAGAAACCGUUAUUGCAUAGACAAAAAUUUUGCUGGAACUCUUAUUAUAUGGGAUAGAAUUUUUGGAACUUUUGAGGCAGAAAAUGAAAAAGUUGUAUAUGGUCUAACAUAUCCCAUUAAUACAUUUGAACCUUUCAAGGUGCAGUUCCACCAUUUAGUUAACAUAUGGACUACAUUCUGGGCCACACCUGGAUUCUUCAAUAAGUCUUCUGUCAUAUUUAAAGGACCAGGAUGGGGUCCAGGUAAACCAAGACUUGGACUGAGUGAAGAAAUCCCAGAGGUCCAGGGGAAAGAAGUUCCCUUCUCGUCAUCAGCAUCUCAGCUAUUAAAGAUAUAUGCAGUUGUACAGUUUGCGCUGAUGCUGGCAUUUUAUGAAGAGACCUUUGCAGAUAAAGCUGCACUAUCACAGGUCACUCUCCUUCUGAGGGUUUGCUUCAUUAUCCUGACCUUGACCUCCAUUGGAUUUCUUCUGGAUCAAAGGCGUAAGGCAGCUGUUCUGGAAACUUUCCGUUGCUUGGUGUUCCUAAUGCUGUGUAGAUUGGGUCAUCUGAAGCCUUUCAUCCCUUCUUUGUCAUUUGCUUUUGAGAUUUUUUUUUCCAUCUGCAUUGCCUUCUGGGGAGUAAGAAGCGUGAAACAACUUGUCUCAGACCCUUGGAAAUAACUUACGUUUGUACACAGUUCUCUUGUUUUAAUCAUUUGUCCACAACCAUAAUAUAUUACUGCUGCCUAUGGAAAUAUAAUUAUCUCACAUAAUGCUUAUAUGAACUAUUUUUCUAAUGUAAGGUAAAUACAUUUUUAUACCCUUGCUUCCUUUCCACAUUUAUUAUUCUCUAUUAAAAUGAAAGUCAGCUGCAGUUGCUCUAUUGCUAGGGUUGAAAGAAAAUGAUUUGAAAUAGAAUGAUGUUGCAUCCACUGGUAACAUCUAAGCCAAUGAGUAUGAGAAGAAUGGAUUCCAAAAAAAAAAAAUUAAAAAAAAAAAAGAAGGGAUAAAAUUUCAAAACAGUAAAAACAAUGAAGAUUUUAUUUCCAUUGGUUUGACAACAUUGCAUUCGCUGUCUGCUAAAAUUGUGCCUGGAUACAUAUUUGUUGUCAUAAAAAUGUAUUACAUGAGCUGUCUGCCCAUGGCUAGGUUUACCUUUGAAAGCCAUGUAACCUAAGGAGUAACAUUACAGAAAAUGACAUCACUGAUAUGAAAAUGAACAGAAUUUGUCAGAAUUCGUUUAAUCCACAAAUUAAUUUGUGAUACAUAUGUCUAAUAUGUUUGGUCAAUUUGUUUUGGCAGAUUGAGGAGUGUGCAGUAUUUCUGUGUUAUUUCAAAUUGUCACAAUCAUGUUAAUAAGACUCU